GCCGCAAACUCCUCUUGCGAGUACUUCACGCUCAAUCUUUCUCCUCUCGUCGGGCACUCCGCCCCUGAACGAGAACUGUCAAAGCUCCUACAAAUCUACCACCGCGAGCUGACUUAGCUACUCCAGUCGUACUUGGCCUUCCCGUUAGAAGGCUGCUACAACCAUCCAGAGCAUUUCGACGACUUCUCUCAACUCUCCCUUGAAAAAGCAUCGCCCCUCGCUUCUCCAGAGCCAAUCCUCCCGCAUUUGGCUCGGCACCGAAGCGCAACACCCGUGGUUACGUCCUACCUGGCUUCACGUUAAAACAGUCACCACGUCGACCCUCACGCAAACGCCGUACCCAACCCCGUCCUUCACCAUGGGCACAGGCACCAAGGAUCGCGCUACGCCCCGCGUCGUGUGCUGCGCCAUCCCCAUCCAGAGAGCCGCAGGCAAGGUUCUCCUCAUUACGAGUCGGAAACGCCAGGACUUGUGGGUCUUGCCCAAGGGUGGAUACGAGGCGUCGGACGUGCAGCUCGAGGCAGCCGCCUCGCGGGAAGCUCUGGAAGAAGCCGGCGUGCGAGGCAAGAUCGAGCGUUACGUCACGACGAUCAACUCGCCCUCGACGAUCUACCACUUCUACGAGAUGAAGGUGGAGCGGAUGGAGGCGGACUGGCAGGAGAGCAGGGAGCGGAUACGAGAGUGGUUCACGUACGACGAGGCGCGCCGACGGGUCGGGUGGAAACCGGAGCUGCGCGAGGGCCUUGACAGGGCGCUCAUGACGCUCUCGUCGUCGUAAAGGCGAGGGCCGGCACGGCACCCUUCCCUCCGCGACGGGGCAGGGACGGCGACGACGCGCGUACAGACUUCAUAGACGCCGUCUCGUGCGCCGCCGUCGGGCCCCCGGCCCCUCGGUUGGUCGUUCGGUCGUUCGGUCGGUCGUUUGGUCACGCGCGGCACAAAUUCGUCAUUCUCGACUCUCGUGUGAGGGCGGGAAGGGACUCAAUUUUUCGAUUAUCUUGUACAGUGGCUCGUCGUGUCGUGUCGCGAGCAUAAUCCACGGCUGUGAGCGCCGGGUCCCGCAUAUCACAUCACUUACAACAUCUUGCUUGCAUUCGUCUUUCUUUUUUUCCUCUAACAUAGAUCCAACGAGCGCAUUGAUCAACUCGCUCUCAAUCAUCCAUCCAUCCAUCCUCAUUAUACGUUUACAGUACCGCUCUCACUUGUCUAACGAUACCAUCCCCUCAAUCCCAAUCCAUCCCACCCCAUCCCAAUUCGCAUUGUUGCCCCG